CAAACUAUAAAAAGUGGAGCUGUCUCUUUCUCCUUUUGGUUCGACGGUUCAAUCUUGAAGGGUUCAUCACCAGCGAGAGGAAUUUGGCCGGGAAAGAUGAUAUCGAAUGGGUUCAACUUGAUGCUCUCAUCCAAGGAUGGAUUCUCUCAACCAUAAACGAUGAGGUCUCCGAUCUCAUCCUCUCCUCCGCCACAACUGCAGCGGAUUUAUGGAAAGUAAUACACGAUUUGUUUCAUGAUAACAAGGCGGCCUGAGCUAUGCAAUUGGAGCAUCAAUUCUACAACACCGUCAAAGGCACGUCUACGAUCUCCACCUACUGUCAAACUCUCCGGAAUAUUGCUGACUGGUUGGACGAUGUAGACGCUCCUGUCACUGAAAAUCAGCUUGUUCUCCAAGCCCUCCGAGGACUCCCAGACGAUCUCAGCAAACAGCGUACUAAAGAAGGCAGUCUCUUCUUGCAUCAGAUACAAUUUGCACAAGACAUCUGGACAGGACAGAAAAGCUAUACUAUAUCACCAUCAUCAUCAUCUCUUAUCAUCCACACACACAACACUCCUCUCUCCUCCCAUUCUCUCUCUGUCGGCCAAGCAUCAAGAAAGGGGAAAGAAAGUUUUAUCUCCAUUGUUGUUCCAAGGAAGGAGAAGCAAGCAAGAAACCAUCCAAAGUUUCCAAAUGUUUAGCUCAAAAACGCAUCAGCCACUUUGAGGAACAUCCGGAAGGCAUCGUAGAGAAGGUUCGGUGUUGGAAUAUUGAAGUUAAUGAAUUAAUCGUCGGAAUCGUUGUUCAUCGACAUAUCCGAAAUCCUGGACAGCAACUAUCCUUUGACUUCAGGUCCAAUUUACGCUAUCUUACAUCUGCUAACUCGAAAUACUUUCUAUACGAAAGUUAUAGCCUUACAUCUUAGGAAUCCACAGAAUCAAGCGGUUUGUAAUUCCGUGAACAAACGAUGGAGAUAUGUCCAAAAUACGGCAGGCUGUCCAAUUGUGACAAGAAUGACAAAGUUGGUGAAUUUCGAUGUUGUUUCCACUCCCGCUCAUCCGUAAGGUUUCGGCCAAUGAUUUCCAGGUCU